AUGGUGCCAAUACCGGAUUCUAGCUAUUUCCCGCCUCUGGACAAGUGCCUGAGUGGAGAGCAGCUAUUAAUCUCUUGGAAGUCGAUUUUCCCUGCGAUCCAGAGCAGCACGAAUGGCACAGGUGCAACAAGCCCACAACCUGCUAUCGAGCAAUUUCUCUCUGACCCGGCCGUACGAGACUUAUUGACCAGUCCUUUUGAUGCCUUCCCUCCGCCAACUUCUCAGACAAAGUCUGCUUUCGAGACGAAGACCUCUGCAAUUAACGUCACGCCUUCAUCGAACGCGCGGUACGAUAUCAAGCAAAUCAAGGAUGAUGCGCUAUGGUUGACCAAAAUUGCCAACCUUGGCGAAGUGUCCGCCCUCCGGCUGGUGGUUCAAGAAUAUCAGUCGCGGACAUCAGCGAAGCUGUCAGGCCCGUUUUCAGAGGAUGAACUCUCGAGCAUACGAGAAUCAGCUGGCGAUAGCAAGUUUUCCAGUCCUAUUGCUCUUUCAUUGCUCUCCCGAGGAGCAGAUGCUACAGAUAUCGUGGCCGAAUUUGAGACGGAGGACAAUCGACGCAGCCGCAUACUGUUGAUAUAUCUUUCCGAACGCCGCUAUCUCCUGAAGUGCAUUGAACGCUUACUUUACGCUUUCUUCAUUCUUGAGUUACCGGCGUCUGAAUACGGGAAAGGAAAACAGGUUGGAACGGCGGAUACAUGGCUUGGGGAUAUCGGAAGGGCGCUCGUGAAGAGCAUUGGGCCACUUGAAACUUUUGCUCUGAGGUGUUUCGAAGCUAUCGGAAAUAAUGUACAAAACAUUGGCAAAGGCAGUGGGUGGUAUGAGGAAGAUGGUGGGCGGCCCGACCUUGAAUUCGAAUGGGUCUGUACGCAGAUCAUGGAGGCGACCCACACAAUGGAAUUGAUAUUUCAAAUUGUGUUCUUCAACACGAGCUUGCCAUCCUCCCAGUUAGUUCUUGGGUGGUUCCGGCUCGUACAAUCUUGUGGAUUUUUCGACCAAUUCAAUAUGGAAGAACCAACUGUUCAGAUUCUCAUCUUACCACUCCAAACCAUCUCUAUGUUGGUCUCUUUGUCAGUAUUUGGCGUGGGAAGUACUCUGGAUUACCUCAAGGACUAUAACUCGGGCGCGGUAGUAUCUUCGGAUGUCUCAGCUGAUGCUCCAUUUAUUCUCAAUACCCAAACCAUCCUUGAAAUCCACCAAAUUAUGAUGAACGCUGCAGACGGAGGCUUCGUCACGGCAGGCCCUCCACUUCUAGCAUGGGUGACUAUCCUCAAAACAAUGAAACAACGAGUCUGGGAUCAUAAAACCUUGCAACUUGAGGACGGCGAGCCACUAAGUCGAUACGAGCGCGGAACCUCUGAUGGAACCGAUGCGACAUUAACCUCUGAUCAAUAUGAAGGCGUGAUGGAAGACAUUAUGGAUAGCUCAGAUGAGGAAGACCCGAUUGACUUCAUGGCCCGAAGCUCAGUUAAUCAGAACCACGUCUUAGAAACUCUCACUGGCCUUGCGAUGCGACUCGGCAAUACAUCGGAUGCAUUCUUCUCAAAUACAACAGCUGCAAUGAUGAGGGUCAUCAUUCUAGAUCUUAUUGCAACUAGCAACAGUGGUCUCGGUUAUAUCCCUGAGGUUGUAGAAGCCCUCCUUUCCACGCUCUUUGGGGGGCAAAACUAUUGGGAUCUUGUGGACCUCAAUCCUCAAAGUAUCAUAUCGGAUCCUGUUGCAAUAUUUCUAGGGAAUGAGGAACUGGUCGCAGCGUUCCUUCGAAAUGCCAUGUCCAGAUACCCCCUUGAGUCUUUACCCUUUUUACGGAUGAUCCGCGCUGUUGCAUCCUGCCCAUCGAGCUACUCUGAACAUGGUGCCAAAUCUGCCCUCAGCUUCCUGGAUUCGAUUCCUUUUUUCACCUACCGAUUACCAAAUGAUUUCGCAGAUUAUGAGACGGCACAAGAGGAGGACAACAACAACACCGUUCGUCUUAAAGUGCCUGUUCAUCUAUUUGAUACUCGAUCAAAGGCCAUCCAUCAAGGCGCGCCGUCCGAAUCGCUAGCUCUGACCUUAGCUGACAAAGACUUCUGUAUCCCUACAGGAAGCUAUGGCCGCAUUAUCUCAGACUCGGGCCCAAGAGUGGUUUUUUGGUUCCACGAAUAUUCUGGGCUGAAGUAUUUUGGGACCUUGCUUGAAACGUUCUUGACAGCGAGCAACUUGGUGGAUGCCACGACAGGUCUGCCCGCUGAUCGAGAUUCUGUCAUGGAGAUCAUUGAUAUACUUGCUACCAUUGUACUUGGUAUCUCGAAAUCAGACAUCGAUGCGGCCGAUGCCAGAAAGGAUGCCAUGCGUAUCCUAGAAAUUGCGAGCUCAGGCUUAAGCCGCAAUCGCGAUAUCAUAACUGUAAUAUUUGACAUUUUCGAAGACGAGCUUCAGAGACAAUCGGGCUUUUCGAGCACCGAAGCACCUCUGGGGGUACUCAUCAGCUGCACACACUUCAUUCACUCGCUGAUCUCAAUUUCGCCCGGUCGAGUCUGGCCUCAUCUGGCGAGGAGCGCACUUCUGGGAGUUAGCCGCGGUGGUGGAAGAUUGCCGAGUAUCGUGGAAAGUGUCGAGCUUGUAUCGGGGAGAUACGAAUUUCUCUCGUCAUGCUCGCGCUUGUAUGAGGCUUUGGUGGAAGAUAUUGCUUCCAAUGCUAUGAAGCGGCGAAGCGGUCCCAAGUCUACUGGUAGAUUCGAAGAUCGAGAGGAUAUAGGAACUGGUGUCCCCGAUCAGCUUCUGUCAAAAAUCAUGCUUUUCUUUACCCGCUACUUAAUCGAUAUUCUAGAGAGCUCAUUCAGCUGGAAAUUUGCGGAGGAAAAUGAGCGUCGCCGAUUAUUCAGGGACAUUGCCAGCACAUUCGACAAUAUUCUUCACUAUGUGUAUGGCAUCGAACCCACUCCACAACCGUCUAAGUCUCCGAAAACCGCAUUCGAAAGCGUUGAACCCCCCUCAAAAAUUGCCAAAACUGCAUCCACGACUACGAAUGAGAUAACAUCGAAGAUCACAGGUGCCUUGAUAGCAUCAGCGUCGCAGCUUGUGGAUAGCUUUUUAGCUACUUCUACUAGCAGUUUGAGGUUCCAGCCCCUAUUGAUUGUAUAUUUGGAUGGUGUGAAGACACCAGAUUUGACAAUCUUCUUGAACGAGUUGGGCCUAUGGCAAUCGCAAGUCAAUGCUGUACUUAUGUUUUCCACGACGUUAUUAAGGGUUAGCAGCUUCCUGCAAAGGCCCGCUUCCCAACUCGAAGGGCAGAUGUUUAAGGCUGCUCCUCUGGUUGCAAGGUUAUACGCCGUAACUGACGCUUACAAGAAAACUGUUCUUGGGCUUUUCGAAGCUCUAAUUGUUACUGCAAAUGAUACCUCGGACCCUCCUUCGUUGUUGGGUCACUUGGGCUCACACACUGCGAAAAAUUUUGUUCACACCCUCUCUGAAUUGGACAAACCUUUAGCUAGAGACGAUAAUGUCAUGGCGAUCUGGCAUUUCUUGGCCACGGUUGUGAGCAACAAACAGAGGUGGUUUGCAAAUUAUCUCCUCACUGGGAAAACUCCAAAAGAAGCCAUUGGAAUAAAGUCAAGCAGCACCGAUCUAUCAGUGCUAGAAAAACCACUUUUAGCCACGGCGCUCGAAACUCUUUCCACGAUUGAGAGCAUUCCUAAAAGUCGAGCCCUAGGGAUGCUCGAAUUUGUGGCGCUAGCACAAAACUUCUGGCCGUGGGCUGUGUACAGCUCGCCAAAGCAUAGUAGCUUUUUCGGGUCUAUCUUACGGUUCGUCGCUGCGCUUAAACCGAUUCAGCAAUCUGCAAGAUUGGAAGAUCAAAUCGACGCUUGUUUGCAGACCAAGAUUGCAGCUUGCACUGCUGAAAUAGUGGCAAUGCACAUGUUCCAUUCUAGACAAACCGGAGCCGAGACACCUUUAAAUAAUCUAAUCCCAAAUUUGGAUUAUUUUAUAAGAUUUGCUGUUUUAGUUCCCAGUCUAAAUUCCUCGCUCCAUACACUAUUAAAACGGAACUUUGAGUCUCGAUAUCCCGGAUGUAUUCCACAAGACCUGAAAAGAACGACUUUGGACGAACGGCAACUUGGGAGUGAGUACUUUUACGACUUAUCACUUGCCGACAAGAUGUUGGGCCUUGAUGAAGCUUGGACUGGACGUCGAGGCAAUGGGUUGCGAGUCGAAUUUGAAAAUGCGAAUGUCAACCUGUCUCUCGUUGACGCGCAAAUUGCUCUUUUCCAAGGUUGGAAAGUUCUCGCUGUCGAGAUCAGCAAUAAUCUUUCAAAACAGACUGAAGCGCAAAAAGCGCUAGUUAAGGUCUCCAUCGACUCGUUAAUUGCGAAUUCCAAAAGCCAGUUUUCAGAAGAGAUUUUCACCAGACUAUGUUUUCAACGGGCGGAUUUCUCGCUCAUACUUGCUCAGCGCCUAAUGGAGGCCAAAUGUACCCUCCCAGAGAUGAAGGGCCUCCUCACCAGAACUUGGACCACUAUUCGCACCUUCAGAGGCUCGUUUGAGAGGCCUCUCCGCAAAGAGGAUGCUCCUUAUUACAGAUCGUUACUGAAAAUUCUCUUCAUCGCGAUUCGAGCGCACGCCAAUACCAGUGAGCAGGAGAGUCUCAAUGUCUCGGUCCGAAUGACCCAAUCCACCACCGUUGUUCCGGUUAUUCUCGAUGUCAUCAAAUAUGUGGUCGCCAUGGGUAUGCGCGAAUGUGCAUCUUCCAUCCACGAAGAUAUAGCCGAAUCGUCACCAGAGGAUAUUGCCCUGAUCACCGGAAUUUUGCAAUCUUGUCUCCGCAUCCCAGAAAUCGAACUUUCCCAAUCCCAGAUCGUCUCGACGAUAAUAGCGAAUGAUACAGCUCGAGUUGCCACAACACUCUUCUCUUGGUCUGACAGCAUUGCCAUUGAUGGUGACCCCAUCUACGGCGAACUCAGCAUCCUCUUCCUCCUAGAACUGUCCAGCAUGCCUCUCAUGGCCGAACAACUUGCCAUUGAGGGCGUACUCGGUCACAUCGCUUCUGCGAACAUCACAUCAUAUCUUCGGCGUGGUAACGUGGGCCCCUUUGCCGAUGGCGCAGGGCUGCAACGAUGCUACAACAUUUGGUUCCGAGGAAUCCUCCCCUUCAUCCUCAACCUCCUCGACGCAGUGCAAACCUCCAUCGCCGCAGAAGUCGCCAUAUUUCUCAACCAAUUCUCCCCCUUACUCGAACAAUGUGCCAGAGCCUUUGAAGCGCCAGAACUUUCACGCACAGCGUCAAAAACACAGCCCAAAUACAUAUCCUUAAGCAUGUGCUCAGAAGCACACUCCUUAGCCCUGAUAAAUUACAUACUCAACAACUUCCGAGAGAAUCAUCCUGGGACAGCGGAUAUCCCGGAGUUGAACUGGGAUGCUUCUGCUACGCUGGAGAAUGUUGAGUUUUGGCUUGGUGCACCGUUGCUGUUAGCAGAGAAAAUUAUACCUAUGGGUGCGAGAGAGGCAGAUCUAACGAAGCAGAAGGUUGAUGGAGCGGGCGGAUCUGCACGUAGUAGAUUGGAGGACAGUGUUGUGACAGAGAUGAUGGGGAUCAGAGAUGUGCUCAGUGGCAGUGAUGGUUCCUGA